GGGUGUCAGCGGGUUGGUGGUGCUUGUGUUUACAGCUCUGCUGGAUGCUGAUGUUAUUGGGAAGUGCAAUGUUGUACCGACCGCAUUGGAAUCCAUCGAACCGUGGGAAUUAAGGUGAUUUUGCUCAUCAUCUCCCACCACUCUCUCCUCCCGUCUCCCAUUCAUGAGCAGCGUGGCUGAGUUAAACAGCGGAAGCCAUGGAUGACAAGGGCUCGGUGGGGAAGAUUAGCGUGUCUUCGGACUCUGUUUCCACUCUCAACAGUGAGGACUUUGUCCUUGUGUCCCGGCUGGGGGACGAGACCCCCUCCUCCACUAAUAAUGGUAGUGAUGACGAAAAGACAGGACUGAAGGUGAUUUCUGAGGAAGGGGUCAGCUUUAAGAUCGUGGGGAAUGGAAGUGAGCAGCAGCUCCAGAGGGAGUUAGAGGAUGUCCUCAUGGACCCAUCUGUAGCUGACACUGGCCUCAAAUCAGAAGCGGGAAUGGAAAACUUUGGCGGGGGCGACCGCGGCGCACUUCCUGCCACGGCGUCACUUCCUGCCACGGCGUCACUUCCUGCCACGGCGUCACCUGUGCCUCCGGGCUCCGACCCCCUGAGUGCCCAACCACCCAAGUUGGAGAUGGUGCUCCCUGUUCAGACGGCGCAGGAGAGUGAGCUGAAUGAGCGGUCGUACCGAGCGGAUGAGUCCUCGUCAGACGGAAGUCCCGGCAGCCCCAUCCCAGACGAGGACAGCGUUGUGUUCAGCCAGCUGACAUACCUCGGGUGUGCCUCAGUCAACGCCCCCCGCAGUGAGGUGGAGGCCCUUCGUAUGAUGAGCAUCCUCAGAGGGCAGUGCCAACUCCCCUUGGAUGUCACACUGUCUGUGCCAGGCGUGUCCGAAGGCACUGUCAGGUUGCUGGACCCUAAUACCAGUACAGAGAUCGCCAACUACCCGAUCUACAAGAUUCUGUUCUGCGUGCGAGGCCACGAUGGCACACCGGAGAGCGACUGCUUUGCCUUCACCGAGAGCCACUACAAUGCGGAGAUCUUUAGGAUCCAUGUGUUCCGCUGCCAAAUCCAAGAAGCGGUGAGUAGGAUACUGUACAGCUUUGCCACGGCGUUCCGGCGGUCAGCUAAGAAGGCACUUCUGUCAUCACAGCAGCCUGCACCGCUGACCCCUGACAGUGACCUGUUCACCUUCACUGUCAGUCAGGAAAUUAAAGAGGAUGAUGGCAAAGGCACCUUCAGUGCUGUAGCAAAAGACAAGGACAAGCAGAGCUUCAAGCUGCGUGCAGGAAUGGACAAGAAAAUUGUUAUUUAUAUCCAGCAGACCUCUAAUAAGGAACUGGCUAUUGAGAGGUGUUUCGGUCUCCUGCUCAGCCCAGGGAAGAAUGUGAAGAACAGCGACAUGCACCUGCUAGAUCUGGAGUCAAUGGGAAAGAGCUCCGACGGGAAGUCUUACAUCAUCACAGGAAGUUGGAACCCCAACACGCCUCAGUUCCAGCCUGUGAAUGAGGAAACGGCCAAAGAUAAAUUCAUGUACAUGACGACAGCGGUGGACCUGGUGAUCACAGAGGUAGAGGAGCCAGUCCGUUUCCUGCUGGAGACGAGGGUCAGAGUGUGCUCCCCAAAUGACAGGCUGUUCUGGCCCUUCAGCAAGCGCAACUACACUGAGACCUUCUACCUUAGACUACGGCAGAUGGAGCGUAAGGAGCGUAAGAGUCCUGCCUCUGACACACUUUAUGAAGUGGUGAGUCUGGAAAGUGAGACUGAGAGAGAGAAGCGGAAGACCACUGCUAGCCCCGGCACAAUGCCCACCAGGACUGGUACCGCAGUGUCUUCCCCGCCCGAGGAUGACGAAGAGGAAGAUAAUGACGAGCCGUUACUCAGCGGGUCGGGUGACGUUUCCAAGGAGUGUGCAGAGAAAAUCCUUGAGACCUGGGGUGACUUGUUAUCCAAGUGGCACUUGAACUUAUCGGUGCGACCCAGGCAGCUGCCGGCUUUGGUUCGGAGUGGCAUCCCAGAGGCUCUGCGCGGGGAGGUGUGGCAGCUCCUGGCCGGCUGCCACAACAACGACCACCAGGUAGAAGAGUACCGCACUCUGAUCACAAAGGAGUCUCCUCAAGACAGUGCCAUUACCAGGGACAUUAACAGGACAUUCCCGGCUCAUGACUACUUCAAAGACACCGGAGGAGAUGGACAGGACUCCCUGUACAAGAUCUGCAAGGCCUACUCUGUUUACGAUGAGGAGAUCGGCUACUGCCAGGGACAGUCCUUCUUGGCCGCUGUGCUGCUGCUGCACAUGCCAGAGGAGCAAGCUUUCAGUGUGCUCGUCAAGAUCAUGUUUGAUUACGGGCUCAGGGACCUCUUCAAGCAGAACUUUGAAGAUCUGCAUUGCAAGUUCUUCCAGCUCGAGAGGCUCAUGCAGGAAUAUAUACCAGACCUGUACAACCAUUUCCUGAACGUGGGUUUGGAGGCUCAUAUGUAUGCCUCUCAGUGGUUCCUCACGCUCUUCACAGCCAAGUUCCCUCUGUACAUGGUCUUCCAUAUCAUCGACCUGCUACUGUGUGAGGGCAUUAGUGUGAUCUUCAAUGUGGCCUUGGCGUUACUAAAGACAUCGAAGGACGAUCUGAUCCACACAGACUUCGAGGGUGCACUCAAAUUCUUUCGUGUCCCGGUCCCAAAGAGGUACCGAUCUGAGGAGAACGCAAAGAAGCUGAUGGAGCUGGCUUGUAGUAUUAAGAUCAGCCAGAAAAAGUUGAAGAAAUUUGAGAAGGAGUACCACACCUUGAGGGAGCAGCAGGAGCAACAAGAGGCCCCCAUCGAGAGAUAUGAGCGGGAGAACCGUCGCUUGCAAGACGCCAACAUGCGCUUGGAGCAGGAAAACGACGACCUGGCUCACGAGCUUGUCAGCAGCAAGAUAGCCCUGCGCAGAGACCUCGACAACGCUGAGGAGAAGGCAGACGCCCUGAAUAAAGAGUUGCUGCUGACCAAACAGAAACUGGUGGACUCUGAGGACGAGAAGAGACGCCUGGAAGAAGAAUCUGCACAGCUCAAAGAGAUGUGCAGAAGGGAGCUCGAUAAGUCCGAAUCGGAGAUAAAGAAGAACGGCUCGAUUAUUGGAGAAUACAAGCAGAUCUGCUCCCAGCUGAGUGAACGACUGGAGAAACAACAGACUGCCAACCGAGGAGAACUUGAGAAAAUCCGGUCCAAAGUGGAUGGCUGUGAGAGGUGCAGCAGCCUUUUCAACAAAGAAGGUCGGGUGCGGGCUGCUGUGACCCGGGCCACAGCUGGAGGGGCCGAGGAGGCCGAUGAGGAGAAGGAGGAUUUGAAGAACCAGCUGAGAGAGAUGGAGCUGGAACUGGCUCAGACCAAACUGCAGCUGGUUGAGGCGGAGUGCAAAAUCCAGGACCUGGAGCACCACCUGGGGCUGGCCUUCAACGAAGUGCAGGCCGCCAAGAAGACCUGGUUCAACCGCACGCUCAGCUCCAUCAAGACCGCCACAGGGGCCCAGGGCAAGGAGACUACCUAACCAGUUAAUACCCCCCCCCCCCAGCCAGCUUUACCCAGACACGUCUGGCAAUUAGAGCAACUCGCUUAACUUCACCCGCCGGGACUGACCGACUUCAACAUUCACCCCUGAAAUUCCAGAAAUUACCAUGACUACAGACUGUGUUGCUCGUGUCUGCCCCCCCCCCCCCCUCCCUCCUCCCCCUUACACCCAUCCAUAUAUUCUCUUGUUCACCCUGAAUUACUACAGUCAGACGAGCUGAUGCGAGGGCGUGAAAAAUAAGCUGAAGUACAACUCCUCCAACCCCCCCCCCCCCCCCAGAGACACAAUGUGCUUCCACGGGUCACAGAAAGAAAACUGUAGGAUAACUUUCAAAAAAGAAGAAAAAUAGGACGUGCUCCAUUUAUUUCUGUCUUUGAACUGCUGACGUUGACGACCCGCAGAAGGAAGGUAGGACACCUGAACGGUGGCUGUGCUGCCUCCCUCCCUCCUCACUACCGGCACCAACCAGCCGCUCCCUGUGAAAUCCUUGUUUAAGGUACGAGAGCUAAAGGACACCUUUUCAAAUCGGAGCUCUUCUGAUUUGUGUGUGUGUGUGUGUGUGUGUGUGUGCGCGUGAACACGCAGAUUUUGUUUUUUGUCAGACUGUAAAAAAAAAUGUGUGUUUUGAAUGCAUAAAUAAUUGACUGAGCUAAUGUUAUAAUGUGUGUACAACAAAGACGGACAGCGUGUGAUACUCCAAGGGGAAGAAAAAAGCACUAAGGUUAUGUGUGUGUGUGUGUGUCCGUGUGUGUGUGUGUGUGUGUGUGUGCAUGCAGGUGAGUCUGGCUGUCCUUUAAUGUUCAAAUAUGUACAUAAAUGAUGCUGCAGAAAAGGUUUGCUGACCAUAGCUUGAUGUGAGGGUGGAUGAAGAUGACACCAGUGGAUAUGAAUAUUUAGAAUCUACAGUAAGGACGAUGCAACAUGCUGGAGGUUUGUUUGAUUUGGAUGUCCAAGCACAAAGAAACUAAAGAAAAAACUGCUCCAAACCAUCCGAGCCUCUGGAUGCAUCAUACUCUACAUGCAUCCAUCAUACUCUACAUGUAUGUGUGAAUGUAUGUAUGUAGUAAACGCCACAGGGGUGCCAUGAUUGUUACGCACCCUAAACGUCCCUUUGAGGAAAACUACCAACAUUCACAGGAGGUUUUAAUUCCCGCUGCACUUGAAAACACCUCAAACACCCCUCCCCUCCCUGCUCUGGCAUCAGCUGCUCUGUGACCUUUGACCUUGGCCGUCAGGGUCACAUUAGAUACUUUGCUUAGUGGAGUAUUUACCAUACUUCCUUCUGAUUUUUGGGAUCUCUUUACCACUAUAUAUAAAAAUAAGAAUUACACUGUUUUACAAAAAAAAAAUCACUUUAUAAUAGAAAUAUAUAAAAGAGCAAGAUGUUGUUUCUGAAAGGCAGUAUGGGUGUCUUUAUACGCUGUGGCAAUGGCAUCUGAAGCGUUGUAGUCGAUCAACAAAGAAAACGUACCUAUUCUGUGAGGUCAGAGGUUAAUGUGUGACUUGAAGGUACGCUGUGGACCGAUGGGAACAAGAGGAUGAGGCAACAGUAUGCAAGUGAUGAUUGGAGAAGGCUACAUGAUGCAACAAAUGAUGGGAGGCUCACAAUUGGCACAAAUAGCAUGACUCUGUGGGUGAGGGGUUGGCUUGUGAUUUCCUGGUGCAUCUUCUGGCCGUGGGACGAAAAGCUCAUAAUGAAACGGGUCCAGUUACGUGAUGUAAAGCUGGUGUUUGUUCCGGGUGAUUCCGCCGGGCUCUGCAGCAGCACCUUUGGGACGGGGCGGGACAGGAGGGAUACGGAUGAAACAGAAGUUGGUCAGUUCCUGAGAGGUUUGAAAUGGUGUAUACUGAGCACUGCACCUUCAGCGUGGAUCAGUGCCAGGAGUUGAGAGUGAUGUCACCGGAGGGUCAAGCAGGGGUCAAACUGAAAUACACUCUAAAUCAGUCCAGAGGGGUUUGGCUGUUGAAAGAGUGCUUGCUUGUGUGGAUGUUUUUGCGUCUUCAUGUUUCGCUGACUGGAAAAGAGGCUCAACAAUAUUUAAAUUUCUAUUCAUAUUUCUCUAAUCAGAUUAAACUGAAGCAAGAAAGAACUGCUUUUUGUUUUAGCCUAAAAUCUACUGGUGACGAAUGAGAAAAGGUCCAGAUGAAGAAGAAAAGGGCCGUCCCUCUUAAGGCACUGGGUUGUAUAUAACGAACAUUAAAAAAAAGAAGAAUAUUCCGUUUUUGUUUAUGAUUUUCUACAGUGUAACUAUAACUAACGUUGCCUACUUGUACCUUCAAACCUGCUGUUGUGCUAUUAAUCCACAAGUUUUGUUGUUUGUGUCAAGAUGUUUUGUUUUUAAUGUUUAUAUUGCUCAAACUUCUCAGUCGGACCGCUGUUUGGUGAAUUAAAUGCCAAAACGUAGCGUUAUCAUCCACCAACAAAAACAUUAUCAACGUGUGGAAAUUCUUAGUGUAGGAUACAUUGUGUAUACUUCAUGAAUUUCAAUAUAAAGAUAUCAACACAAUA